CAAAAAACUGAAAACGAAAUACUGUGUACCGAUAAAUACACGGACCGAUAAAACGGACCCUUUGCGGACCGAUAAAAAUACUGUCUCGCUGUGAAACGUGCCGUGCCGUUUGCGUCUUUCCCAUCCCUAGUCACUUUUGCGAAUUCUCCGGCUUGUCAUUUUUAUUCAAUUUGAAUCGUGCCAAUUGUGCGUUCGAUUGGACUCGCCGCGGAUUGUUUAUUCUUGCUGGAUAUUAGGAAAAUACUAAUUAAAAAUGGAAACAGCUCUUGUGGAAAUCAUUUGCGGACUUUUAUGCUCCGACAAUGAUAAAAUACGACAGUCUACUGCCGCCUUGUCAAAGGCCUACGAGAAUCCCGAGGCGAUUUUAGGCUUCUGCAACAUUGUUGUCUCGCCCAUGGAGACCCAAAUCCGUCAAUUCGCUGCCGUGCUCCUCAACAAAAGACUUGGCAAGCUGCGCCACUGGCAGGCCCUCAAUGCUGAUCAGCAAAACACAAUGAAGCAGAUCGCACUGCAGGCACUCAUUGCCGAGAAGGAAAAGGGUGUGAAAAAUGCCAUCGCCCAGUUGAUAGGCAGCAUAGUUCGUCAUGAGGCUGAAAAGAAGGACUCUUGGUUGUCAGAGCUUCUUAAGUUCAUCUUCGAUCGCUGCGUCUCCGCGGAUCCAAAGGAGAGCGAGAUGGGCUCAUCGACAUUCGCUACUCUCACGGACUCUGCUCCCGAUCAGUUUGUUCCCCACAUGGACACAAUUUGCAUGAUAUUCGCCAAUGUCUUGGUGUCUGCGGAAAACAACGGUGACCUGACCACUCCAACUGUUUGCAACAUGCUGGCUGGUAUAACCUACCUCAUGCCGUUCAUAGCCGGGCACUCGGCUGCAGAGCAUACUGUGGCCAAGGUCCUGCCCCAGAUUCUUAAGUCGCUGCAUGCCUUUGCCUAUAAGGGCGUUGCUCAGGAGUUCCAAGCAGCAUUCGACAUUCUGGACUGCAUGAUCGAGUACUCACCCAAACUACUCACCAAUAUCAAGCCCAUACUUGAUUUCAGUAUGGAGAUAUCGGCCAACACACAGCUUGAUGACUCCAUUCGCGUUCAGGUCAUCUCCUUUUUAGGGCGUUUGGUGAAACAAAAGAAGAAGGUUGUUACCAAACAGAAGCUACUGGAGCCAGUCCUGUCCGUAGUUUUCAAUGUGAUGUGCUGCUCUCCCACAGGCGAUGACGAUGAGGAUUACUUUUCAAACGACGGUGGAGACAACCCCAUUACUGCCGCUUCACAGGCUUUAGAUAUUAUGGCUCUAAGUCUAUCACCAGAGAAGCUGAUUCCGCCGCUCUUGCAUAUUCUGGAGACGGCCCUGCAGAGCCCCGACCCGAUUCGUCGCCGUGCAGCUUUUCUGGCAAUGGCGGUCAUUGCCGAGGGAUGCUCGGAUUCCAUCACGAGCAAGUAUCUCGAGGCAAUGCUGAACAUCAUUAAGGGCGGUAUCGCCGAUCAGUCACCAUUCGUGCGCAACUCGGCGUUCUUUUGUUUGGGUCAGUUUGCGGAGCACAUGCAACCGGAAAUAUCCAAAUAUUCUCCUCAGAUCCUUCCCGUUCUGUUCGAAUAUCUCGGCCAGUUGGUCAAUGAUCUGAAGAAUGGCUUGCCCCAGUCGAAGUACACCGAUCGCAUGUUCUAUGCCCUGGAGGCCUUUGUCGAAAACUUGGAGGACAAAAUCAAACCAGAUUUACCUAUACUGAUGGAGCGCCUCUUUCCUGCAAUGGACGCCCAGAACCCUCCCAGGAUCCGUGAACUGGCCCUGUCCGCCGUAGGGGCCACUGCUACUGCCGCCAAGGUAGAUUUUAUGCCCUAUUUCCCAAGGACGAUAGCCGUCCUGCAGAAUUACAUGCUGUUGCAAAUACCAGAGGGCUUGGAACAGGUUCGCAUCGAAGCCAUGGAUGCGCUGGCAGCGCUUGCACGUGUUGUGGGAAAAGAGAACUUCCUUCCGCUGGCCAACGAUUCGAUGGGAUUCUGUCUAUCGAUUUUGGAAAAUGGAACCGAAGAUCCAGAACUGCGCAGGGCCGCCUACAAUCUAAUGGCAGCCCUCUCUAUUGUGGCAAAAGAGGACAUGGCCGCUGUCUUUCCGAAGAUUAUGGAUCGCAUUGUGGAAUCUGUGAUUUCCAGCGAAGAUGUGCUGCCCAGAAUUGGAAGUGCUGACGAUGUUGACCCGAACAUUGAGAUCAAUCUGGAGGAUGAAUCGGACGGAGAGGAUGAUGAUUCGGAAUUGGAAGGUUUUCAGGUUGAGAACGAUUACCUCAUGGAGAAGGAGGAGGCCAUACUGGCGCUUAAGGAGUUCGCUGCCAAUACUGGCGCAGCUUUCGCUCCAUAUCUACAGUCGGCAUUCGAAAACGUGUACAAGAUUGUUGACCAUCCCAGCGACGGUAUUCGCCACGCUGCAGUGGAGGCGCUUACCCAGUUCGUAAAGGCUCUCCAUAAGAUCGGGGAUACCGAUGGAGUUUCUCGCGCCUGUCUGAUCGUUGUGCCCAAGUUUGCGCAAAUACUUCGCAACGACGAGGAAUCGAGCGUGGUCAUUGUUGUGCUCGAGGCUCUUGGUGAUCUGUUCAAGGAGGUCAAGAAGCCGGCAGUUCCAACCGCCGAAAUAGCCGAGAUCAUCUGCUUGUGCAUCAAAGAUCUUCUGACCAACAAAAUGGCAUGCCAGUUCAGCGAGUCAGGCUGUGCUGGAGGUGGCGACGAAGAGGAUGACGACGAAAGCGAGAUCGAUGACGCUAUCAUCGAGAACUCGGCCAACUUGCUACCGCUCUUUGGUCAUGCUCUCGAAUCCAAGGAUUUCUCAGCUUACUUCGGCAGGCUUUACUCAUUCUUCGUUCAACGAAUGUCCAAGAAGAAUAGCGACACGUCUAUGCGAUCAUUCCUGUUCGGCACCUUGGCCGAUUGCUUCCAGUCCCUGGGCAUCUGGUCCGUCAGUUAUUUCGACACAAUGUGCCCAAUAUUUCUGAAAGGUGCUUCUGACUCCGAUCCCCGAACCCGACAGAAUUCGUUCUAUGGCCUGGGCGAGCUUGUCCUGCAUGCCCAGCAAAAAUCUUUCGAUUCAUAUCCGACUAUCUUGCAAGCCCUUUCUGAUGCCAUUGCCAAAGAGAAGGACCCCCCAGCUCUGGACAACAUUUGCGGAGCGGUGGCCCGUCUCAUCAUAACCAAUACCGAUGCAGUGCCUUUGGCCCAUGUCCUUCCCGUGUUCAUGUCAAACUUGCCGUUGCGCGAGGAUGUGGAGGAGAACGACACGUUGCAGAAGGCGUUCCGCGUACUUUACAUUAAGGCAAGGCCAGCCAUUGAACCAUAUUUGGAACAGAUGCUAGCCAUCACCAUUCAAAUGCUCUACAAGAAGCAACUGCCCGACAGCGAGGCUACCGAAAAUGUGAUAGGCUUUAUCAAGGAGAUCGGCCAGAGUUAUCCGGAACAGUUCAGCCGUGUCUCCAAUUCAACAUCGGAAGUGUUCCAAUUCGUGCAGUCCUUGUAAGCGGCCACACAUUUGAGAAACACAAUACUUUUAUACUCGUCGCUGGUAGUCCACCCACCAGAAUACACCAAAACACGUUAACUAGUUAAUCCAACAGCCCUUCACCCGCAGAGUCUGCUUUACUUCGUGAGGCGAAUCGUUUUUGAAUUCAAGCUUUCUCAAAAUUCCAGUUAUGCGUUUUGAAAACUUUUCGAAAGUCUGAAGACGUCUUUUAGCUUUAAGAAAUUGCAAGUUGAAGUUUAUUUAUGCAACGCCGGCGUGCAGCGAGAGAUUUUACUAAUUUAUAUAACCUUGUUGGCCCAAACAUAGUCUGAAUCCAAUAAACACACAAUAUUGUAUUGGAAAAAAAA